AAGUCCACCGACCUCCUCCAGCCCCCGACUCAGUCUAAAUACCGCCAGACCUAAGAGACCCAACUCUUCCCCCCCCCCUUCCCAAUUCCAAGCGGUGAUCCUCUAAGUCAUUGCCCCAUGAAAAAAAAUUGAGACCUCGAAGGCAGCUUGAAAGUGGUAGGGAACUAACGCCAAAGAAGAGCGUGUAUGGCUCUCUUGGGCCUGUGUGCCAUGGAACAACUGGGAUAAAGCCGUCUGCGCUUUUGGAGCGACUUCGCACAGAACGAACACGACUGAAUUGAAGGGGAAAGAAAGAAAGACAGAGAGAGAGAGAGCUAGAGAUCGGUGGAUUUUUCUUGGAUGGCUUCAAGCUCUCGUCCCGUUUGAAUGAGCUUCUUGUCCUCGCUGAGCGAGCGAGAUACGAUACGUGUUCCUCAUCUCGUCAUCUCGACGAUUUCGUUGUUUCGUCGUUAGUCGAAGUUCAAACAUCUGUUAGGCCAGAGUGGGUGAUGGUGCCGGUGAGUGGCUCGUUUUGUUAAUGUGGUGAGACAUUCGCGGGAAUUCCUUCACACAAAUUGCCAAAGACAUUCACAACGUGAAAAGGUGUUGGUUGGAGUAGUUCAGUUCCAUGCUCCUUCGGGUGAGAGAACGAGAGAAAGGGUCAAGGAAACUGUGAUGAUUAAGAUCCUGGGCGAGUGACUACAUGCAUGCAUCCAUGGAUGUAUGGAUGGAUGGAUGAAGAAUCCACCCCGUGCCUUAAUGCCCAGAACGACGAAGUGUGAAUAUCCCUGGCUUGAGCCUAGAUUCAAACGGGCGUGCAAGAUUGCCAGAAGUGGAAAAUGUGUGUGAAACAACAUCAGCCGUGUAAUUUUCAAUUUCACGAACAUUAAUUCUCGACUACGCAAGGCGAACUUCAAUCAAGAAAAUGCAAAGGCUUCACUGCCAAUUUUGACCCGCCCAUGCCAGCCAGUUGACAAUUUGCUCAUUUCUAAGAACUAGAGAAGAUCAACGAGUACAUCAACACCAACGCAUGCAAAAAUGGGACCGACUUGGAGAGCCUUGGUGUGUCCCGGUUGGGGUGCUCUUUUGCUAUUGCUGUUAAUACCAACCCGGAUUUGGUGCUAUGUGGAUGACUCGCACCUUCCGUUCAAAUUCAUCACUCAACCCAUGGACAUUGAAACUCAGAUUGGAUCCCGCGUCAUUUUGCCGUGUAAGAUCCAAAACCCUUCAAGUGGAGUUCAAUGGACCAGGGAUCAGUUUGGUUUGGGACCGGGGCGAGAGCUGUCGUCUUGGACGCGCUAUCAGAUCAUUGGAAACGACCCCAAGCGAGAUUGGAAUCUUGAGAUCCGUAAAGUGGAACUCGACGAUGAUGCCACCUACGAAUGUCAGCACUUGAAGUCACGCAGCCGUGCUGCCAAACUCACUGUCUUUGUUCCACCUGACAACCCUUACGUAAUAGGCGGGCCCAGGAUUGACGUGAUUGAAAACCUGAAUGUGACCUUAACUUGCGUGUCCGAAGGUGGCAAACCGGCUGCUACAAUUAAGUGGUAUGACGAGAAUGGUGAUCUAAUCAGUGAUACCGAUUACCGCACGGAGCCCAUGGUUUCCAACAGCAAGUUGUUCGUAUCCAAGUCUUCGAUCUCUUUGGUGCCCAGCAAACGCAUGCACAACGCGACUUACAAAUGCGAAGCCGGGAAUCAUGUGGGUGCCAAUCGCCCAGCUUUUGUCAGAUUUCAAGUCAAGUUCGCUCCAAGUGUCACAGUGGUCCCCGUUCGUAGAGGAAUGCCUCUUCAAGGAGAAAAAGCCGGAUUUCAAUGCUUGGCCGAAGCCAAUCCUCCCCCGUAUGCAGAAAAGUAUCGUUGGUACUUUGACGACAACCUCAUCGAAGGCCAGUACGGAUACUACUACGAGAUCCAGAAUGUGACCAAAUCCUACCACAACCAUCAAAUCAAAUGCUCUGUCCAGAAUGAACUUGGCACCGCCUCAGGGAUUCGCACGAUUGAAGUUCAAUAUCCUCCCGUGUUCAUUUAUGUGCCCUCAAACGCAGCGGGAAAUGAAAUGGACCUGGUGACCUUGAGAUGUGCGGCAGAUAGCAAUCCAGCGGCCAAUUAUUUCUGGACCAAAGGCACCUCCAAUGAGAGAAUCAGCGUGGACCAGAAUUUGAGUAUCCGCGUUCAAUCCCACACCGUGGGCGACUAUUACUGUCACGCUCAGAUCCCUGAAUUCCCGGCGAUCACGAGUCGAGCGGCUGAGGUUCUCAUGAAUGGACCACCGCGGAUCUUGAGUCCGGAUACCCAGUAUGCGAUAACGGGCGAGGAUGCCCAUUUGAAUUGUGCCUCGAGCUCGGUGCCCAAACCCACUCGAGUGGAAUGGAGCUUCCACGAUGCUGUCUUGGAUGAAACCAAUCAUCACUACCGAAUCAUCAACUCGCCCAUGUUAAAAGGAUACCGAAGCACUCUGAUCAUCAUCCGAUCUUUGACCACCGAUUUCGGGCUCUACACUUGUCGUGUCACGAAUGACUUGGGAACAUCCGAGCUCGAGAUCGCACUCGAAGUUGAAAGGCCAUUCCCUCUGAUGGUGGCCAUGAUCAGUGCGUUCACAUUCGUGAUCCUCAUUCUCGUGACCACCAUUUUCGGGAUCCUGUGCCGACGAAGAUUCCGCCAGAACUCGAAGCAGUUGAAGGGACACACGAACAAUGUGAGCAAUGCACACACCGGAACGAACACGCAAAUGGCCACAGCCAUGAAUAACAUGAUCAAAAACAAUAACCUCGAUCGACUGUCGGAUACUUCAAAUCUCAAACCGGAUCUGGAGACACCUUCGUUUUCUAACGACGCCGACAGCGCUUGGGAGGGGUCGGAUAACCAGGAUGGAAUCAUUUAUGGUCGAGCAGGCGGCACUUUGGGCGUCUCUUCAUCCCAAUUGUUACGAGAGAUGGAUCCGGAUUUCCCGCCAAAACCUGACGUGGUGAGUAAUGGCUAUGUGCCAUAUGGAAAUUAUGUGCGUGAAUUCAACCCGCCGUUCAACCGGCAAGGAUCUCCGCCGAUUUACGGUUCAACCACGAUUGUGACGCCCGUGAGUCCGAUUUUACCCCGCGGGGAAUUUGCCGGAGGAGGAGCUCCGAGCCAGCACGUGAUGAGUACGCUUCACAACAACAAUCGAUCCUCGUUGAACGUGGCGGAUCCCCGGUACUCCGCCACCUAUGGCAAUCCUUACUUGAGAAUGUCCGGUCAAACUUGUCAGUAUUCCACGUUUCUCCCGGCUGUUGCGCCGCCCGUCGUGCGAACGAGUUCGAAUGAGAGCAGCAACAGUAGUAGUCACUCGUUCAACCCCAACAACUACGCCGCCUCAGCUACGCCCUCCAGCCAUCCCAUGCUGCCCGCAUCAUCAGCUUCCUCGUCAUCCAACAAUAUCUACAUUCAUCCAUGCAGCAGCCCGCCCACCUCGUCCAUGUACGUAGCUACUGCCGGCGGGGACGGUCGAACCCUGCCCAACGGGCAUCCGAAUCCCUCAGGAAUUUACGGGACGGUCUCCGUUCAUCGACCGAUUGUUACAUCCACCUCCGGACAAAUUGGAUAUCAAGGAGAAGUUUGUAUGUCCACUCCUAGUCCCUCAUUGCAUAAUAUGAGUUGCUUACGAGAGGAAGUGGAGCACUCGCCCCCCAUGGACGAGGCCGACUCGCCCUCGGGCCUACACAUCAUGAACCCAAUCCGACCUCUCAAUGGAAUGCGCAGCAAUACUCCUAAACCCAGCAAUACCUCAUUAUUAGUCUCAUCCGCAUCACCCUCAUUAUCCACGUCCACCCUUGCCACGCGGGUCUAACUCAAUCCUUUCCACCUUUUUCGUAUUUUUCCCCCCAAAUAUGCCUUUGGGGCAAUUCAUCCCGCCCCCCAGACAACCCAAAUUGUCGGUGGUUGCCAUCGCUUACGGUAACGUGACCACCGCUUCGUCCUCGUUAAUAAUAGUAUGGACAACAUCUGUGAUAUCGUCAGCCCCGUUGUUGGUGUUCGUCAUACGUGGGGUGAAUAUGUGCGAAUCCAUAUCCAUGUUGCUUAGCCGGGAUCACUGAAGAAGCAAUCCACAUAUCACCUGUGCCUCUGCGUGCAAUAAAAUUGACAAACCGGAACCUCGAGGCCCGUAUGAAACCGGGGGUUUCAUUAAGCUUGCCGUGAUCGAGCCCUAACUUGUCCAAUUACCAGGUGGGCCUUUUGGGUUUGUUCGAUGACCUUCCGUUUAUAUGACACUUCAUGUAUAUCCCAUGCAUCGUUUCGAGGGUGUGGCCUGCCUUCCCCCUGUCCAAUCUUUCCGUGAUUUCCCCACCUUCUAAAUGACCUCUGACAGUCCUACUGAAACUGUUUCUAAGGCCCGCCUUGUGCUAGCCUGAUACCCCUAAGAUAGUCUCGAUGACUUGGCCACACCCUCUUAUUUAUUUGGAGGAUAAAAGAAUAAAAUCAUGUCGUUAUUCCAUCCUG